CAUUGGAGAAGAUGUGUCCUGAUAUUGAAACAAGGAUCACAAUUGAUUCCCAAAUUGAGAAAUUUGACAGGGCUGAAGGACUCUUUGGAAAUAGUUUAGCAAUUGCAACUAGAGCUAGGAAGCAACCUGCUUUAUGGUGGAAUAGUUUUGGAGACGACUGCAAAGAGCUGCAAACAAUAGCUAUUCGUAUCCUAAGCCUCACUUGCAGUGCUACAGGGUGCGAGAGAAAUUGGAGUGUGUUUGAUCAAAUUCACUCAAAGAGAAGAAACCGUUUAGAGCAACAAAGGUUGAAUGCUCUUGUGUUUGUUAAAUACAACCUUCAACUUGAAAUUAGGCAAAAACAAAGGGAGGAAAAAGGAGGCACAUAUGAUCCUAUCUGCUUAUCAGAUUUAGAUUCUGACGAGGAAUGGAUUACUGAGCAAGAGGAGCCUUGCCUAAUGGAUGAGGAAUCUUGGAUGGAUGUUCAUGAGUACUUCAACGUUGAUGAAGGAGACCAAAGCAAAAAGAGAAAGAGAGGUCCUCGAAAUCUUCAAGAUGAUAGGAAUGAUAAAGGCAAAGGCAUCUUAAUACAAGAGGAUGUCAACAGGAAUGAUAACAGAAAAGGAUCUCAAAUUAUUGAACAAGAUAUGGGAGAUGAGUCAGAUGACUCUACUAAUGGAGAGGAUGAAGGACUAGAUAUGUCAAUACUAGAUCCUGAUAGUGAUAGUAGUGAUAAUAUUAGUCUUGAAAUUUAA